CGGAAGUCUGAGAUUUCCAAAUUCACCGUUCCCAGUGUUUUUGAACGCGGCAUAAUCUUUGAUAGCGGGUACACGGACGUUAGAAAAUCGUAUGAUGAGACGUCAUUACGUUUUAAUGAUGUUUUUGCAAAGAUGGCGGUGGUUGAGUGAAUGGACGAAACAGCCCUUUUAGUUCGAAAAUUGGAUUUAUUCCUUUUCUUUUCCAACAUAAUCUGAUUUAAAUAGUUUAUAAAAUUUCUUAACAAAUAUAUUCCUAUUAAACAAAGAACUAGAAUGGUAAUAUGACACAGAGUAAAAAGAAGAAACGGGCGAAUCGCAGUCUUCUGCUGGCGAAAAAAAUUAUUAUCAAGGAUGGAGGAACGGCACAAGGUUUUGGAGCUCCCAGCGUGUACCAUGCUGUAAUUGUCAUCUUUUUGGAAUUUUUUGCCUGGGGCCUGCUUACAGCACCCACUUUGGUGGUCCUACAUGAGACGUUCCCGAAGCAUACGUUUCUAAUGAAUGGCUUGAUCCAGGGGGUAAAGGGCCUGCUGUCUUUCCUGAGUGCUCCGCUGAUUGGUGCCCUGUCUGAUGUGUGGGGUCGGAAGUCUUUUCUCCUGCUUACCGUUUUCUUCACCUGCGCUCCCAUUCCACUGAUGAAGAUAAGCCCCUGGUGGUAUUUUGCAGUUAUCUCAGUGUCCGGUGUGUUUGCUGUAACCUUCUCCGUGGUCUUUGCCUAUGUGGCUGACAUCACACAGGAGCAUGAGCGCAGCAUGGCCUAUGGACUGGUGUCGGCCACCUUUGCUGCUAGCCUGGUGACAAGCCCUGCCAUCGGAGCCUACCUGGGCCGUGUGUAUGGUGACGGCCUGGUGGUGGUGCUGGCCUCGGCCAUCGCUAUGCUGGACAUCUGCUUCAUCCUGGUGGCUGUGCCCGAGUCUCUGCCUGAGAAGAUGAGGCCAGCAUCCUGGGGGGCUCCCAUCUCCUGGGAACAGGCCGACCCCUUUGCUUCUCUAAGGAAAGUGGGCCAGGAUUCCACUGUGCUGCUCAUCUGUAUAACAGUGUUCCUGUCCUACCUCCCCGAGGCUGGCCAGUACUCCAGCUUCUUUCUCUACUUACGACAGAUUAUGGGAUUUUCACCUGAAAGUGUUGCAGCUUUCAUAGCUGUUCUAGGACUGCUUUCAAUCGUUGCACAGACAGUAGUAUUAAGUUUACUCAUGCGUUCCAUCGGGAACAAGAACACCAUCUUGCUCGGCCUUGGGUUCCAGAUACUACAGCUCGCCUGGUAUGGGUUUGGCUCCGAGCCAUGGAUGAUGUGGGCGGCAGGUGCUCUAGCAGCCAUGUCAAGCAUCACUUUCCCAGCGAUUAGUGCUUUGGUUUCCCGCACGGCAGAACCAGACCAACAAGGGGUGGGCCAGGGGAUGGUGACGGGGAUCCGGGGGCUGUGUAAUGGCCUGGGCCCGGCGCUCUACGGCUUCAUCUUCUACAUCUUCCACGUGGAGCUGGAUGCACCCCCAGACGGCAACGGGGACACUCUGGUCCAUACUCAAGCCCACCUUCAGCUCCUCCCACAG